UGUGCCGCGUUCAUAUUAUGUCGGAAACUCGGAAAUGUCUGAAUUGCAUACUCGUUGUAUAAAUACGAUACAGGUACCUGCGUUUCCCACUUGGGAAGUAUCAGAACCGACCAAUUGGAAGCUCUGCGCUAAUAACUGACUUUAAUUUGAACUCGGAAGUCCCGAGUUUCCAACAGGACGUGAACGCGGCCUUAUUAUUACAUUCCAGUCUCAAAUAGAUGAGGGAUUGCAGUGAAGGGCCGUCUCCUCCUUUCCCCGUCUAUUGGCCAGUUUCACUUAAUUCCACAGCAGUGAAAUGUGCGGCUGUGUUAGCCCACAUGAAAGGGAGACUGAGGAAAAAAGUAAAAAUCUGUAGAAGCCGGGUCAGUUGAGCUGCCCACAGACGCUGCACCAUGAACGGCAGCAGCAGUGUGUCCUCUGCGUCACAGACCAUCCAGAUAAAAACAGAACCAGUUGUGGAUGCUUGGAGUAAGGAGGACUGCCUCACUCUUUUGGAGAGAAUUCGGAGCCUGUUGCCUGAUGGUGAUGCCAUGAAAUACAAAACCACAGAGUCCCACUUUGACUGGGAGAAGGUCUGCUUCGGAGGCUUCACCGGUGACAUGUGCAAACAGAAGUGGGCGAAGGUGUCCACCGAGGUGCGGAAGUUUAGGACUAUGACCGAGCUCAUAGUUGAUGCCAUUGAGUUUGUGAAGAACCCUUACAAAGGCAAGAAAUUGAAGACACAUCCAGACUUCCCAAAGAAACCCCUUACACCGUAUUUCCGGUUCUUCAUGGAGAAGCGAGCCAAGUAUGCCAAGAUCCACCCGGAGAUGAGCAACCUUGACCUCACCAAGAUUCUGUCCAAGAAAUACAAGGAACUCCCAGACAAGAAAAAGCAAAAGUACAUCACAGAGUUUCAGCGAGAGAAGGAGUCCUUUGAGAAGAAUAUGGCCCGAUUCAAAGAGGACUACCCGGAGUUGAUAGAGGAGAGAAAGAAGUCGGACCUCCCUGAGAAGCCCAAGACACCCCAGCAGCUGUGGUACAACCAUGAGAAGAAGACCUACAUGAAGCUCCACCCUGAUGUGAGCCAGAAGGAGCUGAAGGAAGCUCUGAGGAGACAGUGGUCCCAGCUGUCAGACAAGAAGAGACUUAAGUGGAUCAGCAAGGCCCUGGAGCUGCAGAAAGACUAUGCGGGUUGUAUGAGAGUCUACCAAGAGGCCCAUCCAGACGCUGAAGAGCACGUCAAGUCCGUCCUCACCAAAGCCGAGCGGCAGCUCAAGGACAAGUUCGACGGCAGACCAACCAAACCACCGCCGAACGGUUACUCCCUAUACUGUGCCGAGCUGAUGGUGAACAUGAAGGAUGUUCCCAGUACGGAGCGUAUGGUGCUGUGCAGUAAGCAGUGGAAGGUGAUGACGCAGAAGGAGAAGGACAUGUUUCAGAAACGCUGUGAGCAGAAAAAGAAGCAGUACGAAAUUGACCUACAGAGGUUUCUCGAGAGCCUCCCGGAGGAGGAGAGGGACCGGGUGAUGACGGAGGAGAAGCUGGGGGGCUCGCGGCUGGGCAUGGGGGGUGUUGGCAGCCCUCACAGAUCCAAGUCCCCGUCCGCCAAGGUGGGUCUCACAAAACUACAACAGGAGCGCUGUCGCGAAGCUGAGCAGGGGCACUGGGUACACUCCGGCCUGACGACGAAAGAGAAGCGCGACGGCAAGAAGAGGACCAAACUCCCUGAGACACCCAAGACUGCCGAGGAGAUGUGGCAACAAGGCGUCGUAGGAGACUACCUGGCCAAGUACAGGAGUGACCGUAAGAAGACCCAGAGUGCCAUGGAGUCAGCCUGGAAGGCCAUGGAGAAGAAGGAGAAGAUCCCUUGGAUCAAGAAGGCGGCUGAAGACCAGAAGCGAUACGAGGUUCAGUACCGGCCCGUGAGGGAAUUGUUGGAGAUGAGAACAGCCCAGGCAGGAGCAGGCCAGAGGAAACCCAAGUUUGAAGGGGAGCCCAGGAAGCCACCAGUGAGUGGCUACCAGAUGUUCUCCCAGGAGUUGCUGACCAACGGCGAGCUGAACCACUUCAGCCUGAAGGAGCGGAUGGUGGAGAUCGGCAAGCGCUGGCACAAGCUCAGCCAGAGUCACAAGGACAAGUACAAGAAGCUGGUGGAGGAACUGCAGAUUGAGUACAAGGCCGAGCUGGAGGCCUGGGUCAAGUCUCUCUCUCCCCAGGAGCGAGCGGUUUAUAAAGAGUUCUCUACCACGAAACGGCGGAGCACCACCAAGGCGCGGGGGGGCCCGGGGGCCAAGGUUCGCGUGACUGCAGUGAAGGGGAAGGCGGUAGGUGCCAGAGCCGCAGCAGCAGGGGUCGGGGGGGGCAAGCGGGCCAUGGCGUACCGGGCCAAGGUAACCGUGCCGUUCUCGUCGGACUGCUUCCCGCAAACAGACGGAGACACACACAGCAGGAUACGUCCGACUCAGAUGACGAUGACAAGACGGACUCGUCAGACUCCGACGACGAAUCAUCCGGCAGCUCCGACAGCGAAGAUAAUGACGACGACCAAUCUGAGGGCUCCAGCAGCUCUUCCUCAGAGGACAGCAGUGACUCAGACACAGACUAGCCCCCACCCCCCCAUCCUCCCCCCCCAAAAGAGGAGGGUCUGUGCGGGACACGCUUCCUCAUGAGUCAGGAGCAGUCAUGGUGGCGUCAUCAAAACGCUUGCACGUUGGCUCCUCCCACCUCUUUCUCGCAAGGAGAAAUGAGAGACUAAAUAAACGGAGGAGUUUUGCUCCACCUCCAGUUGUUGACCUGGAGAACUUUUACUCAAAACGGGACAAGUUCUCAUUUACAGAGCUUUGUUACGUGUUCAAUAUUAUUAUUAUUUUUGCCUUUAUAUAUAUAUUAGGUGUUAUUACGAACAUUUUCAUUAUUUUUUAAACUUUGAGAAAGACAUUUUAAACUUUUAGCCGAUUUGAGGUUUUUUUUUUUGAACAAGUCUGACUUGGAGGGGUAUAUUGAGGAGUUUGCCGUUUUUUGUCCAUGAGUCUCUGACAGUCCGUGCAGAGGGAGGACCGUUGCUGCUUUCCCUCCAUUGAAACAUCUGGUCAAACCCUCCAAUAAAAUGCACUUUUUUCCUCUUG